AGGGGGAGGGGGGCGAGGGGGGGAGAUCCCGAGGCCACGAGCCCCCGGGAACGCCGGGAUUCGGGAAGGAAGGUCGGGAUUGGGGAAGGAAGGGUUUUCCAGCAGGCGAUGGAUCCGUGGGAGGAACCGGAGCCGGAGCAGACGGUGCUUUUCAGGGAUAAUGGGGAAGAGGAGGAGGAGGAGGAGGAGGAGGAGGAUCCCUACGACCCCCUCGGGAUGCAGAGAACCCCGAGCGACCCGGAGAUCGUGGAGCUCGACGGCACCGCCCUCCCUCCCCCGGCCACCCCCGACCCCGAUGAGGAUUCCCGGGAAACCCUGCGCUGGACGGUGGUGCAGCAGAUCGAGCCCGGCUCCCCCUCCGCCCCCGGCGCCAAACCCGGCGGCUGCUCCUCGUCCUCCUCCUCCUCCCCGGCCUUCUCCAACCUGCGCAGCAUCAUCGUCCUGCAGAAGAGCUACGAGUGCCGCGAGUGCGGGAAGAGCUUCAGCUGCAGCUCCCACUUCCACAAGCACCGCCGGACGCACACGGGGGAGCGCCCGUUCCGCUGCCGCCACUGCGGCAAGACCUUCAACGUCAGCUCCAACCUCUACCGGCACCAGCGCGCCCACGGCGCCGGCCCGGCGACGCCGACGCCGACGGCGGCUCCGAGGGCGCGCGGCCUCCCCUACGAGUGCCAGGAGUGCGGGAAGAGCUUCAACGUCAGCUCCAACCUCUCCCGGCACCGGCGCGCCCACGCCGCCGGCUCGGCCGCGGUGCCGACACCGACACCUACGGCAACGCCGAGGGCUCGCGGCCUCCCCUACGAGUGCCAGGAGUGCGGGAAGAGCUUCCGGCGCAACAAGGAGCUGGUGACGCACCAGCGGCUGCACACGGGGCGUCUGCCCUUCCAGUGCGGCCACUGCGGGAAGGGCUUCUCCUGGAGCUCCCACUGGGAGCGGCACCAGCGCGUGCACACCGGCGAGAAGCCCUACCAGUGCCCCGAGUGCGGCAAGAGCUUCAGCCGCAGCUCCCACCUGUACCGGCACCAGCGCGGCCACGCCGGCGGCCGCUCCUACAUCUGCACCUACUGCGGGCGCAGCUUCGGCAGCACCCUGCACUUCGAGCGGCACCAGCGCACCCACACGGGCCAGCGGCCCUACAAGUGCACCCUGUGCCGCAAGAGCUUCGGCGACGCGCCCGCGCUGGUCAAGCACCAGCGCCUGCACCUGGACGGGCCCUUCCGCUGCGAGGAGUGCGGCAAAGCCUUCGGCGCCCGCGCCCAGUACGCGCGGCACCGGCGCAACCUCCACGGCGCCGGCGGCACCGGCGCCGGGGGCGGCGCGGGUGCGGCGGAGAAGCCGUACCGGUGCGGGGACUGUGGGAAGAGCUUCUCGUGGAGCUCCCACUGGGAGAGGCACCAGCGGAUCCACACUGGGGAGAGGCCGUACCAGUGCGGGGACUGCGGGAAGCGCUUCGGCCGCACGUCCCACCUGUACCGGCACCAGCGGACCCACGCCGGCGGCCAGCCCCACGUGUGCGCCGAGUGCGGCAAGAGCUUCAACAGCACCCUCCACUUCCACAAGCACCAGCGCGCCCACGCCGGGCCCCGGCACGGCUGCGCCGACUGCGGGAAGGCCUUCGCCGACGGCUCGGCGCUGGCCAAGCACCGGCGGGUCCACGGGGGAGGAGGAGGGGGGGGGGUCGGGGCGGAGAAGCCCUUCCCGUGCCCGCGGUGCGGGAGGAGGUUCGGCGGCACCUCCCACCUGCGGCGGCACCUGCGCAGCCACGGCGAGGAGGAGGAGGCCGAGCCGGUGGGCUGAGCGGCGCCGCCGGCGAGUCGGGCGGAGUUCCGGCCUCCCGGAGGGGCCGCCGGGCGAGCCCGACCCCAUUGGGUUGACCGGCAUUCCCGUUGAGUUGGGCAGAGUUCCGGCAUUCCAGAGGGGCCACCGGAUGAGCCCAGUUCGUUGGGUUGGCCAACCUUGACGUUGACUUGGGUAGAGCCCCUAUUCCGGUGUUCUGGAAGUGCCGCUGGAUAAACUCAGCUCGUUGGGUUGGCCAACCUUGACGCUGACUUGGGUAGAGGCCCAAUUCCCGAUGGGAAUCCCGGUGGGAUCGGGCUGUUCCGGCGGCGCCGAGGGCGUAGUUUUCGUAGGGUAGAGUAGGAAGGGUGUAGAGUAGAGGGUGGAAGGAGGAGCCGAGUGGGAAUUUGGGAGUUUUCCAAGGGGGUGUUUUCCCUCUGGGUCAAAAACCAAAAGAUGGAAUCCUGCCAAGGGAAAACCCAACCGGGUUCCUGCUCCGGGCGGAUUCCGGGAGAAACCACGUCCAAGGUUGGAGUUCUUGGAGGCGCCACCAACUCGUUGCCAAGCUCGGAGAGACCCCAAAACGUGGGAUGGAGUCGCCCCUGGAUCGCCCCAGAUUCCCAUCCAGCCUUGGCCGACGCCCAUUCGGAGCGUGAUGAUGUCAUCAAGGAUUCGGGGCAAAAAACCCACCAAUUUUGGGGGAAAAAAUCAAUUUGAGGCAAAAUCCCUUGAUUUGGGAUAAGAACCCCAAUUUGGGGCAAAAUCCCCUGAUUUGGGGGUAAAAUUCCCUGAUUUGGUGGGUUUCAGUUGAGGAAGAAGCCAGAUCAUCCCAACUCCAUCGUGUCCCAAAAAUUUGGGAAGUUUAUUUAUUGUAUUUAUUCAGCUGUUGGUUGGGAGAAUCCCAAGGGUUGGGGCAAUUCCAAAGGUUGGGAUGAUUCCAAGGGUUGGGACAAUUCCAAAGGUUGGGGUGAUUCCAAGAGUUGGGACAAUCCCAAAGGUUGGGAUGAUCCCAAAAGUUGGGAUAAGGGCGGAUUUGUCCCAACCCGGAGGCUCCUCCUGGGUUGAUCCAUGGGGCUGGAACGGCUCCUCCAGGAGCAUCCAAAGGGAAUUCCCAGCUGGAAAAAUGGGAAUCCUCGGGAUGAACCCCAGGAGGGGGAGCAGGACGUGAAUCCGGGGGGUUUUCCCAGUGGAUUUGGGGGUCGGAUCCGUCUCUUCCCAAGGGAAGCAGGAGCUGUGUUUGUUUUGUGAAUAAAAAUAGAUUUAGUGGGAAAA